UGAAUCCUCAUUCCUCACCCGAGCCCCUCUCUUCUGCCUCUCUGCCUCACUCUCUGCCCUCUGGCCUCUGCCUCUCUGCCCUCUCGUCUCUGUCUCACGCCGUUGCACAUCUCGCCGUCGCCCCCUCCCUCUCGCCGUCGCCCCCUCAGAAACACAGGAAACAGCGCCGUUGCACCUCCCAUCUCGCCGUGCCUGUAAGAACAUGAGAAUGUCAAAGAGUCUUUCCUUUAAUUUAUGAUAGUUGAAUGGGGGUACUCAAUAAAGAACCUAUUGUUUCUGACGAGAAUAGACUGGAAGAUGAUAACUUGGAAGAUCACAGUGAGGAAACACCUCAAUCUGAAUCGGAGUCAGAAGGAGAUGAAGAUGUGAGAUUGACUGAACCCGCGAAGAACUCCAUAUACAACCGAGACGGUCUCCUUGAUAAACUUGGAGAUAUUAGCUGGCCUGAAAAUGUGGGAUGGAUACACAAGCUCUCUAUUGAUAUUAAUCAAGAGCAAGACGUGGAUGUGAAUGAUGACCUAGCACGGGAGCUUGCUUUCUAUACACAAGCAUUGGAAGGAACUAGGCAAGCCUUUGAAAAGCUUCAGUCGAUGGGGCUCCCUUUUCUCAGGCCUUCCGACUAUUAUGCUGAGAUGGUGAAGACAGAUUUCCAUAUGGAGAAAGUCAAAGGCCGGCUUUUGGCAGAAAAGAAUAGGAUUGAGGAGGCUGAGGAGAGAAGGAAGGCCAGGGAGGCAAAGAGACUCUCUAAACAGAUUCAAGCACAAAAGCUGAAAGAGAGAGCUAAGCAGAAAAAGGAGGACAUAGAGUCUGUUAAGAAGUGGAGGAAGCAGAGGCAGCAGACUGGGUUUGCUGGGAGUGAAAAAGAUGCUGAGAUGGAUUUAGCCUUUGAAGAUGGAAAAGUCUUUGAGAGGUCGGAUAAGAAGAGACCCGGCGUGGCUCCAGGAGAUCGUUCUGGAGGGAAGGGACGGAAGGCAAGACAAGUCGGUGGAAAGGGGAAGAUACAAAAGAAAAGGGAAUCUAAAAAUUCGAGGUUUGGAUCUGGAGGGAGGAAAGGUAUGAAAAAGCAGAACACAGCUGAUACCACUAAUGAUAUAAGAGGUUUCAGUAGAGGCAAUGCAACUGGAGAUAAGAAAAGGAAGAGGUAGUAAAUACCCUUGAUAUGCGCUUUUUGUUGGGCAGCAAAUCGUUGUUUAAGGAUUUCAAUUUUUUUCAUGAGGGGCUUGUUGUAGCCUACUGAGCUUUGCUGCUGAUUCUAAAUUGAUAUGUAAACGUUAAGUUUUGACACUUUGUUCUAAUUGCAUGUCUUCUUCAAGUGUUCUCUUA